CAAAAACCCCACAUGCAACAUUGAACUUUCCCAUUUUGCCAGCUAUCCCCAACUCCCCCAUCCUUUUUUCCUUUAAUUUCUUGACAUUUCAUUAAACCCAAAAAGAAAAGAAAAAAUCUUAUUGCAAUUUUAUAUAAAAAGAGGUCAACUUGUUGUAAGCAUCUGUUUUGCUUUGUGCAGUUCUUCAGGGAAGGCAAGAAAUAGAGAGAAGGGAAGGGAAGGGAAGAGAAGGGCUCAAUUUUCCUUUAGAGAGAGAGAAAAAAGUGGUUUCUAGAGAGAGAGAGAGAUUGUGGCAGCUUUGUUGUGCAGAAUGAAAGGUAUUCAAACAAAGCCUCUAGUUAUAUCCAAAUACUUCGUAUUGUCUCUGUUCUUCUCUCUUCCUUUCCUCCUCCUAUUGUCUCUCCGCCCUUACUACCACCGAUUCUCCACGCCGGCCAGCACCAUUCUGUCGCCGGCCAAUUCCAAACCCGAAUCCGACGAUUUGAAAAUCCGACCCGGAUACACCUCCUACGAUCGCUACAUAAAGCGGCAGCUUAACAAAACCCUAGACCCGAAGCUCCGGAAGAUAUGGACGACCCGCGAUUGGGACAGGAAAAUUCAAGUAUUCGCGAGAUUCUUCGAAGAUUUGAAGAGGCAGGGGCUGGUAUCAAAGGAAUCGAAAGCCCUAUGCAUCGGGGCUCGGGUCGGGCAGGAGGUGGAGGCAUUGAGGCGAAUCGGAGUUUCGGAUUCGAUCGGAAUGGACCUGGUUCCGUACCCGCCGCUCGUGAUUAAGGGCGAUUUCCACAACCAGCCAUUCCCAAACCAGACCUUCGAUUUCGAAUUCUCCAACGUCUUCGAUCACGCGCUCUACCCGGAGCGGUUCGUGGCGGAGAUCGAACGGACGCUCAAGCCCGGCGGGGUCUGCGUGUUACACGUGGCCUUAUCCCGACGGGCGGAUAAGUACUCCGCCAACGAUCUGUACAGCGUCAAGCCGUUGGAGGCACUGUUCCGGACAUCGGAGGUGGUCCGCCUCGGGAAAAUCGACGGCUUCGGAUUGGACACGGAGAUAGUCUUCCGGAAAACGACGCGCAAGAAGACGACGAUCCAACGGUCUUGAUUCCUUUAUUACUCUUAUCAUUCUUUUUUUGUAUUUACUAAAAAAGAAUUUUGAAUUCUUUUUUUUUUUGUUUUUUUAAUUAAACUGAAUUAAGAAUAUAAGAAUUAAGUCAAGUGUAUAAUUUUAAAGAAAAGAACAAAAAAGAGAAAAGAAAAGGAGAAUACAGCUGGAUUGAAAGAAAUUGCUUAGAGGGUUCCAUUGGAAAUUAAAUUAUUUAUUGGUUUAUUUAGGAAUUAUAUUUUUGAUUAGUAAUUUUUAAUUUGUCUGACGUGGCAUGGUCCCACUGCUAGUAAUGGGCUUAUUCCCUUUCCGACACAUUCCUCUUUUAA